AUGCCUUCGCAAUCAAACUCAACAUCCAAAUCUAAGUCUCAUCUCAUAGGUGGCUUUGUUGGUGGCUUAACAUCAGCAGUUGCAUUGCAGCCGUUAGAUUUGCUCAAAACAAGAAUUCAACAAAUAGAGCAUUCAACGUUAUUCUUAUCCCUCAAAGGUAUUAAAAAUCCAUUAGAAUUAUGGAGAGGGACACUGCCGUCUGCAUUGCGAACAUCUGUGGGGUCCGCACUGUACUUAUCAUGCCUAAACAAAAUGCGAACGUACAUAAACUCACAUUCAAAUGGGGCAAUAAGUCAAUACAACAAAAGCAGCACGUUACCACAGCUGACAAUGUCACAAAAUCUGGCAACCGGAGCCCUUGCAAGAGGACUCGUAGGGUACAUCCUAAUGCCGGUUACGAUUUUAAAGGUGAGAUACGAAUCCACCAUGUAUAAUUAUACCAGUCUUUGGCAGGCAACAAAGGCUAUAUACGCGACGGACGGUAUUAAUGGUUUCUUUAAAGGGUUUGGCGCAACCUGCCUCAGAGACGCACCAUAUGCAGGGCUCUACGUUCUGCUAUAUGAACAAUCAAAAAAGUUGCUGCCAACCAUUGCUCCAAAAUUUAUGAUUUCAUAUAACGAAGAUGGAAAUUAUGCCAGAUUCACCGCUACCGGAAUCAAUGCUGCGAGUGCUAUCAAUGCAGCAAGUAUCGCUACCACAAUAACUGCCCCGUUUGAUACAAUCAAAACCAGAAUGCAACUACAACCAACGAGAUUUCGAAACUCGUGGCAGACGUUCUCGUACAUUUUCAAACACGAGAGAUUUAACAGACUAUUUAGCGGCUUGAGCAUGAGGCUGGCCAGAAAGGCAAUCAGUGCAGGGAUUGCAUGGGGAAUCUACGAAGAACUAAUCAAGCAUUUUGAUCAUAAAUGA